AUGAACGGAAGUCUGGCGAACGGAUUGAACGAAGGUGGCGAUCGGAGCGCCCCGAAGAAGAUCGUCUUCGAUCGAAGCGUAUCCGCGUACAGUGAGCGCGAUGUGCAGUGUGGGUUCUGGGUGUGCCGGGGCCGCUUCUGGCAACGGUUGGCCAGCAAGAAGCUGUACGUACUGCUGUUCGGGCUGAUCGGUUGCAUCCUCAACUCGACCACCUCGUACUUUUACGGCACGCUGACGACGAUCGAGAAGAGCAUCCAGAUCUCGUCGCAAUCGGUCGGCAUCAUCACGGCCGGAUCGGACCUCUCGUUCGUGCUCGCUUCCCUGUUCCUGUCGUACUAUGCGUCCAACCGACGGAAACCGCUGUGGAUCGCGAUGGGCAUCGUCAGCAUGGCCCUGUCCUGUUUCGUCAACGCGCUACCUCACUUCCUGUUCGCGCCGAACCGUGAGGAGCUCGAAGCCGCGGCCGGCAACUGGACGACGGUGGUGAAGGGACCCGAUAACUUGUGCCGCACCGAGCGCCUGCCACCGGACUGCUCGCUGGACACGGGCAACGUCCGGCCGCAGAUGGUGCUCUUCCUCGGGAGCUUCCUGUCCGGCAUCGGCACCUCGCUCUACUUCACGCUCGGCGUCACGUACCUGGACGAUAACGUGCGCAAGGACAAGGUUCCGGUCCUGACGAGUUUGGCCGCUUUCGGGCGGCGCCUGGGCCCACUGGUGGGCUUCUCGUUGGCAUCGUUCUCGCUGAAGUACUUCGUCCACAUCGGCGUGGACCCGGGCUACGGGACGAGCGAUCCGCGCUGGAUCGGUGCCUGGUGGCUGGGCUGGCUCGUGCUCGGCUCGGUUCUCCUCUUCAUCUCUCCCAUUUUUGCCAGCUUCCCGAAGGUUCUGCCAAGGGCCGCCGAGCGUAUCUCGUUGUCGCGGCAAGCGAGCCGAACGAGCGAGGCGACCGCGACCGAGCCGGAAGACGAGGAACGGGAUGCCUCGUUCCGCGAUAUGCUGGUCACCGUGCGGCGGCUCGUCACGAACCCGGCCUACGUGUUCAACAAUGCGGCCAGCAUCUUCUACUUCUUCGGCUACAUGCCGUUCUUCCUGUUCCAGGCCAAGUACAUCGAGAUCCAGUACCGGCUGACGCCAUCGCAGGCAAACAUGGUCACCGGGUCGGUGUCACUUGUGUUCUCCGCCUUGGGGAUUCUGAUCGCCGGCUGGGUCAUUCAGAAGGUGAGACCCACCUCACGGCAGCUGGCCGGCUGGAACAUCGUCACCAGCAUCCUGUCGGCGAGCGCGAUCGUCUCCUACGCGUGGUUCGGGUGUUCCGCACUGAACAAUGCCGACAUAGUGGCCAACUCACAGGAUGCGACCUGCAACGUGGACUGCAACUGUGACUUUGUGAAGUACGCACCGAUCUGUGGGAACGAUGGUCAGACCUACCUCUCGCCGUGUCACGCCGGAUGCCGGGAGCAGUUUAAGGACCCGAACGGAAAACCGAUGUUCGCCAACUGCACGUGCAUCGUGGGACCCCAGCCCGGUGACUUCGGAUCGGCGAUCGGUGGAAGCUGCCCGGUGGAUUGUUGGACACCGUUCUACCUCUUUCUGAUCGCGGUGUGCCUCAACAAGUUCAUCGGUGGCACCGAGUCGGCCGCCAACUUCUUGAUCGGCCUGAGGUGCGUGGAACCACGCGAUAAGGCCAUCUCGAUGGGCUUCUCGAUGGCCAUCAACACGCUGUUCUCGUUUCUGCCGGCCCCAAUUAUCUUCGGGGCGAUCAUCGAUCGGACGUGCGUUCUGUGGGGUCGGACCUGCGCCAAGAGCGGCAACUGCUGGCUUUACGACGGGGAAGCGUUGCGCACCUCGAUGAACUACACGGCGGCCGUGUUUGUCAUCAUCGGGACUUGCUUCGACGUCGGAACGUGGUAUCAUUCGAAGAACUUUAAGAUCUUCGACGACACCACGGACGAGCAGUCCGGACCGGAGAAGGAGACGGAGAUGGUGUCCCUCGUGAAGGAGAAAGAGGCCCAAUUGAGCAAUUGAUCCGGCGCAGGAUGAAACGCGUUGUGCCGCGCAGUGUGUCACCUGCAUGACCCCGGUGGUGGCCAAAGUAAACUCGGGGUGACGUCUCGGAGCGUGAAGUUGUGAUUUAUGGGCUACCGGCGCGCGGCCAGCAGCUAUCUCUGGAAGCCCGACGCGCGACGGGACAAACAACUAAUAAACAUAGCCCGAGAUAACCCUGCGCUGCAGUGUCGGCGCCGUGUUUCGG